AUGGCCGAUGACAGCCAGGACCAAGGGCCUCGAGUCCUGGCUGGCAGCCAACACCACUCAUCGACCCAGAACGUGCAACAGAAGAUAGGCGAAUCCAGCGCGACCCGAGCAACCAGAACUGCGAUGCCGCCUGCAAGUCAGGAUUCAGGCGCCGACCGUACCCCGUUCGACCGGACUUCAGCAGUCCCAGACGCAAAACAAUCAGGGGAUGAGUUGGCGCGAGACACACAGAGUCGAAGGAGGGCCAAGCCUCGCUCAGGCGGCGGCUUCCUCCUUCAGAAUGCCGCUCUCGGAGACAAGGAACCAAGCUCGCGGCGCCGGUCGAGACUCAUCCAACAGAAAGGAAAGGCAGUUUCCCGGACCCCUGAACGUCAAAAACCGAGCAAUCCUCCUCUUCUCGGUGGCAGGAGUAGCGGCGAGUCGCCUCGUGGACAGGAACGGCUUUCAGGUUCCCUAGAGGACAUGGACGAAUACCAACGAGCGGAUGUCGAUAGUGAUCACAAAAGAUAUUCCUCCGAACAGUACCAGUCAGGCCCUGAUGUCGACGCGACCCAGAUAGUGAACAUGGCACUCAAUCUGAGCGAGUCGCGGCGAGUGGCGUCUCGGAAAAGCGCACCACGAACCAGUCCUCCUCGUCUAAACCCCUUGCCGGAAUCCAGUUCCAAGACCAACCUACGACAGCACUUUCAACAGCAACGAAAGGUCACACGAGCUGGAUCACCCAAGCCACCUCAAGCGCACUCGACCAGGAUCCCUUCCAGCCACAAAUUUGGGUUUGAUGAUGGACAAGAAGCUAAUUUUCGCUUCCAUUUCUCUGCAUCCACAAUCGCAAGAGCCCGGAAGGCCAAGGAGCAUCUUGAGCUCAUGGCAGAGUACAGGCGCUUGUUGGAGCAUCUGCCUCCCCUGACGAAUGGCCGGCCUUACAAUAAUGCAACUCCUCCCGAGUCCCCUUUCUUAAACCCGACAUCCCCACGGCUGGGAAGUGAUGGUUCUAUGCCGGUAUGUAGCCGGCCAUACAAUCCCUUACAGUAUGUGAGGAAUCGAAAGGUCAGGGCUCGUGAGAGAAAAGUUAUCGAUGGAGAGCAGCAGGGCUUUACCGACGUCGACCGAGUGAGGAAUUGGGUGGAUAAGAUAUCCGAACAGCAAUCUUUGGCGGGUUUAAGGAACAGCGGCUCUGACUCUCUUACUAUCCCUCCUUUCAAUGAGCCAGAUGACAACGACGACUCAAAUGCCGGUGAGCCCGUCACGAAAACUGUAUCUCGUGUACGACGGCCUAGGGUUGACUGGUUCUUUGAUCCCUGCGAUAUCAUUGCUGAUGCGUACUGGUUGGAGCAAGAUCACCACAAGCAUCUAAUUGAAGAUCGGCUAUGGCGAAAAAUCCUCCCGGCUCCUGGAGAGCUUAGCCGCCCGGCUACGAACCAGCCUAUGGACUUCCUAUCUACUACAACCUCACCUUUGGACUCCGACCAGGCCGAUAGAACCGCCGUUGCAGAUUUCCAAGAUUACCACCUACCUUCCAAAGGACUCGCCAUAUCGCAAGGCGGCACCAAAGAUCGCGCGAAAGCUAAAGUCAACGAAAUUCGCGGUUUUCAUCAUAGACGCGCACAAUCGCAUGCUCACCAUGACUUCCUUCGAAAACGACACUCGUACUCAUCCUCCGACUCCUCCUCGUUGUACUCGGCCUUUUCUGACAACGAGAGCGACAAGAGGCUGGAAAGGAGGAGAAAGAAAGGUUUGCCCCGGAGAGAGACUCUCACAACAGAUCCUAGUGACCUGUUGCAGAAACAAAUGACAGAAAUGGUAGCUCAAGAGACACGAGGCGAGGUGCUCCCGCAACUAUCAGAGAACGAUCUCAUAACUCAGAUUCGUAACACUGACCAGAAACAACUAAGCAAACCAGCGAGCAGAUCUCACAGUCGGGGGCCAUCUGUUGCAGACUUUAGUGAUAGCGAACCCAAAGAUAAAUCCCCUUGGGGUACAGCGACAAGGCAACAACAUGGUCGACCCAGUCUAGAGGUUCCGGGACGCAUUAAAUCAAGCUCAACCGCUGCCAUUAUCAAUUCUAUGCCAAACUCGCCGCAAUUAUCUCCAACCCGGGAGUAUGGCGAGAGUCCCUUCACCUUCGACGUGGAAAUUUCAAGACCUUCAAGUCGCUCUCAAUCUCCAUCGAGGAAUCCUCUCUCAAAGGUCAAGCGAAAAAUAUUCGACAAGAGCCGGGGUCAUCUUGAGUCUCAAUCCGAAGCAGAGGAGGAAGGUGAGCCACAUGUUGUGGUGUAUCCAGAUGCUCUUUUAUCACCAACGAGAACCAUCGGCGGCAAAACAAAUGAGGAUGCAUGGAAAGCCCAUAAAAGGUCGACAAGUGUACGCUCACGCGCAGAGGAAGGUUUUGGCCUGCGAAGCAUUCUGGCCGCACCUCGGAUCGACACUGUGAUACGCGGAAGUGUCUCAAAAAUAGGGGAUCUCAUCUGGAGGAAGGACGAGGGCAGCGAUUCAUCAUCUGAUAGCUCGGAUGAGUCUGACAGUGACGUUGCAAAAGACGCCACGAGGCCAAUCAUGUCCCGAGGAAGGUCAGCACAGAGUUCGGACGAGGUGCCACCGAACGUCAAGAACUUCUACGAUGAAAUGCCUCUUUUCCAGCAUGUCUCAGAAAUAAAUGCACAAGCCGAGAACCGAAACGAUAAACAAUCUAUGCUUGACAAGGCCAAGUCCGCAGAUUCCAGCACAUCACAAUGGAAUCUGUUGAAACCUCCACGGAUCGACAUUCAAAGCGCUUCUCCUGGCUCACCUUCUCCUAUCCAAGAAGCAAGCCACUCAGAAGAAUCGGAUUAUUCCGCCUCAAAAAGCCCUGUUGAAAGUGACCAGAAGGACCGAGACCAUCUCAACGUUGACUCAAGCCCUGAUGUCACUGGCAGAGCAUCCGCCCGGCAUUGGUCCAUUACAGAUAACAGCCUAACUCCCGAAAGUGCUCAGCUCUCAAGACGAGAAGUCGCCCGUAUGAGAGCAUUGAUACUCAGUGCCGGCAUCAAAGCCAUGGAAAUCACUCGCCGUGCAGGUGAAAUACAUAAACCUCUGGCCGACGGCGGCGUCAACAUGGUCAGGACCGAUCCAAUCAGCAACGUUGGCGAGGUUAAUUGGUCGGAUAUCGCACGACUCGCCCCAAACUCAAAAGAGUUGCAACAGCAGGAGGUUGUUGGCUGUGAGGUGUACCCUCUGGCGUCUCGUGCCUUGGGAAUGGCGAUGCAGGUGUCUGGGCAACGGUGGCAAUCAUCAGCCGACAGAUUCACCAACCAGACUGUUCCAAAUCUACAGAAACAAUUGUGGCAAGUACGGUCUCGCCUGACAGAUGAUCUGUCACAACUCACCCGCCAGAUAGCCGACGAGGCAGAUGAGACAACUCAGAACCUUGCCCUGGAUCAGCCUCUCAAAGUCAAACACGUUGUUGACGUGAUGGACAAGUUGCUCCGAAAACGCCGCAGGCGGUUCAGAUGGGUUCGACGAGGCCUUUGGUUGGCAGUCGAGUGGGUUCUUGUCGGCUUCAUGUGGUAUGUUUGGUUUGUGGUCACUGUUUUGAGAGUCUUUUUCGGCGUCGGGCGAGGUGUUGGGCGUGGCAUUAGAUGGCUCCUUUGCCUAUAA